GUGACAUACAAAUGGCUGAGUUACACUCUGGGAGUUCAUGUCAACCAGGCUAAACAGAUGCUGUAUGAUUAUGUUGAGAGGAAACGAAAGGAGAACUCAGGAGCUCAGCUUCAUGUCACCUACUUAGUAGCAGGAGACCUCAUCCAGAACGAGCACGUUUGCCACAAGGUUGCAGUAGUGAGAGAGGAUAAACUUGAAGCAAUGAAGUCCAAACUAGCCAAGAUUGCCAGCGUGCAUGUGUACAGCAUUCAGAAGGCCUUGCUGAAGGACAGUGGGCCUCUCUACAACACAGACUAUGAUAUUGUCAAAACAAACCUGCACAACUGCACCAAGUUCAGCGCCAUCCGUUGUGCUGCUGCUGUCCCCAGGGCCUCAGCUGAAGGUUCUCAGGCACAGACGUCUGCACAGGCUGGUCCCCUGCCACCCAGUGACACCAGUGCUGGCACCAGUGCUGGCACCAGUGCUGGCAGUGUCCCCGUGGCCAACGGCCACGCUCCAGCCACCACCAAACAGACCUCGCAGCAGCCCAAGGGGAUCAUGGGAUGUUUGCAGCAAAAGCAGCUUCCAAACCCCAGGACACAAAUAAAGAAACUAAAGCAGAGGCUAAAGAGGCCCCAGGUGUCUGCAGCAAGCACCAAACCACCAGCAAAGGGCAACAUCAUGAACAACUUCUUUGGAAAAGCUGCCAUGAAUAAACUCAAAGUCAGCUCUGUGCCUCAGCAGCCAAAGGAGGAGAAAGAAGUAGUCAAGCCUUCAGUUCCUGGAGCAGAACCAGAGUCAUCCCCUAAUGCUGUAGUGGAGAAAGCUGGGAAGAAAGCAGAGUCUGCUAGAAGUCAACAGAAGGACAAAAAAAGUAAAACCAAGAGGCUGGACAAGUCAGAUAACGAGGAGGAACAAGAGGCCGCCGAGAAUGUAAAGAAAAAGAGGAAGAGAAUUAAACAACUUGAAUCUGACAGCAGCGAUGAGGAAGGUGUCGUGCCAUCUCCCACACCUGAGGAAGAGAAAUGUCCAUCUCCACCUCCUGCACCUGCUCUGAAAACUGAACUGGGGCCUUCAUCUAUAGAGGCUUCAGCUGGAGGGAGGAGAAGGAAACGGAAGCGUGUCCUGAAAUCCAAGAUGUUCAUUGAUGAGGAGGAAGGCUGCAUGGUGACAGAGAAGGUUUAUGAGAGUGAAUCCUGUACAGACAGUGAGGAUGACUUCAAGUCCAAACCACCACCAGCAGCACCCAAACAGCCUCUGAAGAAAGAACCAAAAGAAGAAAGGAAGAACCUGAAGAAAGGAGCAGCCACUGCCAGCAGAGCCAACAAACAGGUCUCCAUCAUGGGGUUUUUUCAUAAGAAAUGA